GACAGAGAGAAAGCCACAAAGCAGAAGGGUGUGCGGAGCAGAGCCAGAGCUGAGAGGGACCCAGUAAGGGCGGGUGCAGGCAGACGCAAAGCCAGUGACCACAGGAGACUGCGACCCCGGAUUCCAGGGCACUUCAGGAGGUCAGAGGAGCACAGGCCAAGAGGUGGUGCGGGACUGGGAGUGAACACUCGCCUAGGUGAUCGCCGGUGAGGUGACCCCAGACUCCGAGUGGUUCCGUGCCCAGGUGCUCGCCUGGGAGGUGGCGCGGGGCUCCGGGAGGCUGCGUGCCUAGGUGCUGGCCCAGGGGGUGGCGCGGGCUUCUGGGUUGGUGGAUGCCCUCUGGGUAGCCAUGGCGACAAGGGCCAGGGGUCGCUGGGCUGCCGUGUCGCCUAGGGGCUGAGUCGACAGCAGGCUGCGCCAUGGCGGCGCGGGGUUGCGGGCCCUGAGCGCCAGCGGCGGGCGCGCACCAUGAACUCGUGGGACGCGGGCCUGGCGGGGCUGCUGGUGGGCACUAUCGGCGUGUCGCUGCUGUCCAACGGGCUGGUGCUGCUCUGCCUCCUGCACAGCGCUGACAUCCGCCGCCAGGCGCCGGCGCUCUUCACUCUCAACCUCACGUGUGGCAACCUGCUGUGUACCGUGGUCAACAUGCCACUAACACUGGCCGGCGUCGUGGCACAACGGCAGCCGGCCGGGGACCGCCUGUGCCGCCUGGCCGCCUUCCUCGACACCUUUCUGGCCGCCAACUCCAUGCUCAGCAUGGCCGCGCUCAGCAUCGACCGCUGGGUGGCUGUGGUCUUUCCGCUGAGCUACCGUGCCAAGAUGCGCCUCCGAGAUGCCGCCUUCAUGGUGGCCUACACGUGGCUGCACGCGCUCACCUUCCCGGCCACCGCGCUCGCCCUGUCCUGGCUCGGCUUCCACCAGCUAUAUGCCUCGUGCACACUGUGCAGCCGGCGGCCGGACGAGCGCCUGCGCUUUGCUGUCUUCACCAGCGCCUUCCAUGCGCUCAGCUUCCUGCUCUCCUUCAUCGUGCUCUGCUUCACGUACCUCAAGGUGCUCAAGGUGGCCCGCUUCCACUGCAAGCGCAUCGACGUGAUCACCAUGCAGACGCUUGUGCUGUUGGUGGACAUACACCCCAGUGUGAGGGAACGGUGUCUGGAGGAACAGAAGCGGAGGCGACAGCGUGCCACCAAGAAGAUCAGCACCUUCAUAGGGACCUUCCUUGUGUGCUUUGCACCCUAUGUGAUUACCAGGCUGGUGGAACUCUUCUCCACAGCACCCAUUGGCUCUCACUGGGGAGUGCUGUCCAAGUGCUUGGCCUACAGCAAGGCCGCUUCUGACCCCUUCGUGUAUUCCUUGCUGCGACACCAAUACCGCAGGAGCUGCAAGGAGCUCCUGAACAGGAUCUUCAACAGACGCUCCCUUCACUCUGUGGGCCUCACAGGUGACUCUCACAGCCAGAACAUUCUGCCAGUGUCGGAAUGAAGGACCACUCUCCUGAUGGGGAGUUCAGAACGAGGUGGCCAGAGCAAAGGGAGGUGGUCUGGGACUCCUGGGUGGACAAUAACUGCCACCAUUGCCUGGUGAUUGCCGUGAUGCUGACGUCUGAACAAGAUCUGGGGCCUGCUUCUUGGCUCUUCCAGGGUAGAUGUCAGACUGUCCCUAUUUGUCGCCAAAGGAUGGCCAUAGGCCACGCCCUGGCCUUUCUUUCUGAGAGUGUGUAUUGAGAGCUUAGACUCACCAAAGGCCUCUCAGAGGACGGUAGGCCAGUUAGUGUCAAAGACACAGAGUGCUGGUGGCAGGUGUGGGCAUGAUAUCCACCUGUCUACUAACUACUGCUCAUGGGGCUCCAUGCUCCAAGGGACAUCUUAGUGAUGCUGAAAGUGAGGUUGUCUGUGGCCAUCUGGCUCCAGAUCUACUAUGGCAUCUCUUUUCCCCUUGGUAGUGUUUGCUGCUGUAACCCAAAUAUUAUCCAGCUGGUGCCAACUACAUCAUGAUCAGCUGAUACCCUUGGGCCCUGCACUCAAUGGGAACAUGUUUAACAACCAGUUUGCUACCUACCAGUUGUCUUAGGAAUGAUAAAUUGGACUCACCUUUUGUCCCUCUUUCAUCAAACUAAUGUUUGCGUGUAUUGACAAUCUUAGCAUGAAAGUGGUCUCUCGGUAGACAGGUCUUAGAUAAUGUUAGAUUCCAUGAAAUCUGAGCAGGAAGUCACCUUCUGAUUUGCAUGCCAUAGGUAAAGGAGCCCAGGAAAGUAGGAAGAUGGUGGCUGGUCUGUCCUACCUCCAUAUCUGGGAUCUGAGUUGGUAGGGAAGACUUCCUCUUGUCUUAGACAUCUUGCCUGUCAUAUUCUAGGAGCUGACUUGAACAGGGAUGAAGUCUUAGUUUUCAGAUACUGGGCUCUAUUAUCCUGGUGGCUCAUUACCCACAUUCUGCAACUUUGUCCUGAGAAAGCAGCAGCUAUCCAAGGUCACCACAAAAGUGCUCUGUGCCACUGAUGAGAGAGUGCAGUUAGUACAAGAUGCUGUUCCUGUAAUAUACAUGCCAAUCCAUUGGGAGCCAUUGUCUUAGUCUCAUUGAAAACUAAGAUAAGGACAGGAGAAAUAGCUUAGCCAGUAAAGUGCUUACUGUGCAAGCAUGAAGGCCUGAGUCCAACCCCAAGAGCCCAAAUUAAAAGCAAACUGGACAUGGUGGUGUGCACCUGUAAUCCUAGCACUGGAGAAUCGAGAGAGGCGACUCCACAGGACUUAGGUCAGCCAAGACUUAGCUGAAUGGGUGAGCUACAGGCCAGUGACGGUCCUG